AUGACAGGCGGCCCUCGCAGCGGUGUUAAUGUUGGAGGUGGAAGCUCCACUGGUCGAGCAGUAUUUGCACUUUGUGGAGGCCUAUUAGGAGCAUAUUAUGGCUUUUACCUACAAAGUAAAUACUUGGAAGAGCGUCGGGUCACGGCGCUUGUGGAGUUCGAAGCACGCAAGCGUCUUGAAGAAGAGAAAGCCGCUGAAAUUAACUAG